UUCCCCUUCCUUAACACUCUCUCUCUCUCACUCUCUCCCUCUCUCUCUCUCUCUCUAUAUGUAUUAAGAAAGCUCAAGCCAUUGUUUCCUAUACUCUCUCAACCAACAAUAAGCUAUGAAAGACCACAGCUCAUUCAAACAAGCCUUCAUGAAGAACAUGCUCUUGGGCCUCAAAGAAACCAAUGCCUCAUCCAAGAUCAUGAGUCUUCAAGAGAGGAAAAAUGCGAUCAAGCUCUCCGCGGAUGUCGCGAUGGCCUUCGCUCGAGGCAACACGACAUGGACGCGCGCCAUCGUAGUCGCCAACCUUGCUAAGAAGGAGCAAUGCGAGGCCCUCUUUAGGGGAAUUCUAGGGAAGGGGUAUGAGAGGAUGACCAGGUACUCCUCCUAUAAGUCAUUUAAGAUCCAAAGGAGUAGGAAGAUCCUAAAAAGAUCUCAUAAAAUGUGUUGUGUGAGGAGAAGGAACACGACGCAUCGACCGCAAAGUUUAGGGGUUGAUGUUCUUGCUAGGAGAAUGGUGGAGAAGAGGACUCAAGUUUUGAGAAGGUUGAUACCAGGGGGUGAGUCCUUAGAUGGAUUUUCUCUCCUAAAUGAGGCUUUAGAUUAUGUUAUCUAUCUCCGCGCACAAGUCGAUCUUAUGCGGUGCCUUUCGGACCAAAAAUGUGCCAAAUGAUCUAAGGCCUCUCUCUAGGGAGUGCAAGAGGGAAGCUUCAUCACUUGGAAGUGAAAAUUUGAGUUGGAUUGUUUAAUUAGUAUCAACAAAUGUGAGGAGAAAAUUUUUCCAAACAAAUAUUUAUCUGGGGGUAAGAAUUGGAGAGGGUCUUUUCAACGAGGAAUCAAGUGUAGAGUGCACCCAAAAUCAAAAGCAUGUUUUUUUGUUAUAUAAGCUAUUAUUGCCCAUCAAGAGGAGGAGGUUAGGGUUCCAACAAUUAAUGCAAAAGGCAUCUCAUGUAGUGGGAGCUUUUACUUGUAGCUUUGUACCUAAAUGUUUCUAUUAUAUAUAUAUAGCCAACUUAUAACAUUUUGUUA